AUGCUGCAGCAGAAGCGGGAUGCCUGGAUUCCCCAGGGCUGGCGGAGAAGCCAGCAAGUGCUGGUCCCGCUGGACGCCUCGGACCUCCCUCUGCCCGUCCUCCCAGAGAUCCGUCUCUCCAACGGGCCCAGCCGGUGCCAGGGGCGGGUGGAGAUCCUCUACAACGGCUCCUGGGGGACGGUCUGCGACGACGACUGGGACAUCGUGGAUGCCAACGUGGUGUGUCGCCAGCUGGGCUGUGGCCACGCCAUCACCCUCCCGGCUGCCAUGACCUUCGGCCAGGGGAACGGGCCCAUCUUCCUGGACAACGUGGACUGCAAGGGCUGGGAGGCAGCUCUGAGCGAGUGCUGGAGCCACGGCUGGGGCAUCCACAACUGCUACCACUACGAGGACGUGGCUGUCGUGUGCAAUGAGUUCUCACCCACGCAAGCCAGCGAAGGACCGACCACCAGGACCCUCACAGCCCCGGUACAGGAUGGGGAAAGUGACGGCAGCAUCCGUCUGGUGAGCGGGCCCGACACCUGCCAGGGCCGGGUGGAGAUCUUCUACCGCGGGAACUGGGGCACCGUCUGCGACGACGACUGGGGCCUGAGCGAUGCCAGCGUGGUCUGCAAACAGCUGGGCUGUGGGCAGGCCCUGGAUUACAAGAGCAAUGCCUACUUUGGCUACGGGACAGGGCGCAUCCUCCUGGACAACGUCAACUGCGAUGGCAGCGAGCCCUUCCUCUCCGCCUGCUACAGCCUCGGCUGGGGCAUCCACAACUGCGGCCACCACGAGGACGCCGGGGUCAUCUGUGCAGGGCUGGACACGUCCACCAUCACAUCAUUCACCACCUCGGUGGCCCUGGACUCUGAGGAGACACUCACAGCCACGGCCACAGCAGUGACAGAUGGCAGGGACCAGCCCUCCCAGGCCACUGAGGUGGUCACCACCAUGCUCCUGACUGUCGAGCAGGAAAGUGGCGGCGUGCGGCUGGCGAACGGGAACGGGAGCUGCCGCGGGCUGGAGGUGCGGCACCGCGGCACCUGGGGCACCGUCUGCGAAGACGACUGGGACUUCCCGACGCCCAGGUUGGUGCCGGCAGCUGGGCUGCGGGCCGCCCUCGCCGCCACCGUCCUCGGCUCCUUCGGCUACGGCAGCGGGCCCGUCCUGCUGGAUAACGUGGGAUGCGGCGGCGGCGAGGCUCGCCUGGCCGACUGCUUCCACCUGGGCUGGGGGCAGCACAACUGCGGCCACCACGAGGACGCCGGGGUCAUUUGCCGAGGUGCUGAUGACACUGGAGACCAUUUCCAAGAAGCCACUGCUACGACCACCACGUUGGUCCCAACUCGUCCCAGGGAGGGGUCCCUGCGCCUGGUGAACGGCAGCCACCGGUGCGAGGGGCGCGUGGAGAUGUUCUACCUGUCCCAGUGGGGCACGGUGUGCGACGACGCCUGGGACCUGCGGGACGCCAAGGUGGUGUGCAGGCAGGUGGGCUGCGGGCACGCCAUGGCAGCCUGGGGGGAGGCCCGGUACGGCCAGGGCACGGGCUACAUCUUCCUCGACAACCUCAAGUGCAAGGGCCACGAGCCCUCGCUGCUGCGCUGCUCCCACAUCCGCUGGGACGUCCACAACUGCGACCACUCCGAGGACGCUGGUGCUGUCUGUGACAUCCUAUGA